AUGAAGCUACUACACAUAUUUUUUUUUGUUUUGUUGGGUUUAACAGUCCAAUCAGUAGUAACAUCUAAAACUGUGUAUGUGGAUUGGAGAGCUACAGUGUCCGAAGAGAGUUGUGGAGAUAGUUCAAACCCUUGUCAGAGUAUCAAACAAGCAAUUGGUGUAGUGGACCCCAAUGAAUCGAAUAUCUUAAUAUUCAGCCCCGGUGUCUAUGACGGGCCUUUAAACAGAGAACUCAAUAUUUCAAACUUUGUAGAACUAGAAUUUAGAAACCAAGGAGAUGACCAAUUGAUCCAGAUCGAUUGUCAACAUGUUUCAUAUGGCCUUUACGUUCGAAACUCGACCCUUAGAAUCUCAUCGUUUGUUUUUACGUAUUGUUAUGGCAUCAAUGGAGGUUCAAUAUCGUCUCAGUACUCGUUUCUCGAGCUUACCAAUACCAAGUUCUACUUUUCCAAAGCCCAUAGAGGUGCUGGCUUGUAUCUUACUGCCAACCCCCCUGUUAGUGGCACUCCUCAAAGUACUCUUAUUUGCUACGGGUGCUACUUUUCAGGAAACUACCCCAUCAUCGAGGGAGGUGCGCUUUAUUUGAACUCAUCAAGCGCAACACUUGCAAACUCCACUUUUGAAUGCAACAGUCCAUCAGUUGGAAGCAUCUUUGACUUUGCCAUUUACUCAUCGGAUAUUCUUUUCAAGUCAUCAAAUACAACCACGUCAGGAUUUUCAUGCUCAGCCGACUCCUCAGCCUAUACCGUGAACGAUGGCCAAAUGAAUUCUUUUCAUUGUAUGAACAUAAUUUCUACAUGUGAUGUGUCAAGGGCAAGUAGUUAUGAGCCACAAGUACCCAUUGAACAAUCGUGCAACAACAAUAACAUUUGCGAACAAGGUGAAACUUGUUUGAAUUGCCCAUCUGAUUGUAUCGAUUGCCUGUUCAGUGGAACCAAAUUUCAACUUUUUUCUCUAUGUGACAACUCCUCCAAUUUACCUACUUGUUUAGAACCUGGCUACCCAAUUUCAUUAAACAACUUUAGUAUAAAUCAUUUAUACACCUCCAAGCGAUCCAUUGGAGUUAUCUCUGGUUAUUUCACAAUCAAUAAGGAUGGAAUAUACACCAUAUUGGCAAGUGGUCUCAACCUCGGAGUGGAUAUCAAGUUAAAUGGUCUUUAUAUAAUUCAAUCCAGUUUUAUACAAACCAAUUUCUCUCAAUCUUUUCCAAUCAAAAUCCAAGGAGGAAUUUCAAAUUAUAUGACACUGACAUUUUACACCCCGGGAUAUAGUUCACAUGCCGAACUUAGUCUUGAGAUUUUAGACAACAGUGGAAAUAAUGUUUUGGUGCCAUAUUUUUCACAGGUCACAACUAAAAGUAUGUAUAUAUCCCUACAACAGCCAAUUUGUAUUGUUAUUAACUCUACUUUCAAAGUUUGUCACAAUACCUCAAUUCCCCAAGGUAGUUCAGGUGAUUCCUCUACAGAAGAAGAAACUUGUGAAAUGGUUGUAAUUCAACAUCAAGCAGUAUGUGGUGAUUCCAUAUGUAAUGAGACCCCAGAAGGAUGUUUAAUCGAUUGCUACAAGUCAUUGGGAACCUUUUGUCAAUCUCAACUUCCACCAAUCCCAUCGCCAGUUCCUCAAAAGGAUACCAUUGGAUACCUUAUAAACAACCAAAGGCUUUUUAGUUUACCAGGUCUCAACAAUUUGGCACACGGUAUUGACUUUCUUCUCGGAGAAAUCCUCACCACUCUAAUUUUUGACAAUGGCUUUUGUGACAAUAAUACAUUUGAAAUUAUUCAAGAUUUCUAUCGAGAAACAGUCUACACCCUCCCUCCAGAGUACAACGCCGACAUAAGCCCAGUUUGUUCGUUCGAAUCCACAUCAAAGAUGUACGAAUCCUCGCAAGAGUAUCAAAAAGAAAAAUCUAGCCAAACCAAACUAAGCAUAUCAGCCUCUGCUUCCGGCUCCUAUUCCUUUGUGUCUGCCUCUUUUUCAGCUGCCUUCAGCAUGAGCGAAUCCGUCUCUGUUGCAAGUAGCAUGGAGAAAGAGCUCGGUGGCAAGACAGUAUCUACCUCCUCCAAAUGUACCACCUCGUCGGUUACUAGAAAUUCUCUCCGUUUCCACCAAGAUUUUGUCAAAGAUAUUUCUCCAACAAGAUCUGCCGAGGCAAUGGCAGACUUUAUUGUUAAAUAUGGUGCUUUGUACUACAAAUCAGCUGUCUUGGGAGGGACACUCGAAACUAUUACAAAUGUCGAAACCUCAAAGUUAAAGUCCAGUAACUCUAAAACAAUCGAAAGUAGUUCACAACUAUCUUUCUCUGCCAGCGUUUCUGCCCCUGUUGGUCUAGCCUCUGGUUAUUACUCAAAAUCCCAAGAUACAAGUGUUGGAGUUGAGGCGCAAACAGAGUUUAUGGCCUCUUCAACCACCAGCAAUGUAAUCGUCAAAGGAGGACGUGUUGGUAGUUUCGGUCCAGAUUAUAGCACCCCAAAUAAUUUUGAGGAUUGGGCUGGAAGUGUCUCCCUGAGACCUGUUCCUAUCGAGUACAAUUUAGGAUUUGUUGGUGAUAUUAUACCCGAUACUUGGAAAACCCCAGAUGGAAACAGCAUGAAGGAUCUGUGGUUUGAAGGCUUCAAGAACUACUUGGUUUUGGAUGCACCAAAAGUACAGAGUACUCUAAAGAUAUUCAUUAUGUACAAGAAUGUGCCAAAAGGAGUCACCGCCAAAGAUUCUGAAAUCCUCAAGUCCAUGUGGUUCACCUUUUCGAGUCCCGAUGAUAAGUUUCAAAAAAGAUUUUGGGUUCAGACCGAUCCAACCUGUUUAAACGAUACAUUACAGAGUUGCUUCACAGAGAGAAAGUAUGACAUAGAUUUCACUUGGGAGAUCGCAUCCUUGGGAGUCCACUACAAAACCAACAACCAAACACUCCUAUUUGACAAUCUCUACCGUUAUGUGGACCAAGUAAUUGUGCAAACCACCAAUGACAAAGGUCGCGGGUACAUCUUUAAACCUCAAAGAGUUCGCGUUCCUGGAACGACUAUGAUUGGUGACAUUUCAUGUGUACCGGCUCAACCCAUAAAUCUUUUGGGUUGCACACCUCUAGCAGAGACAAUUUCAAUUGUUGGAGACGAAGUUCGGGAUGGGUAUAUUUCCUGUACUAUUGAUACAUUCCAAAUCAUGUCACGUCUUUACCAAAACGGAAAAAACGAUUCUUUAACCAUUGUUUCCCCCAUGGGACCAAUUGACUGCGGUUACAUUUUGGAGGGUGAUGCAACCUUGCAACCAAUCCCCCCAAACUAUGACUCUACUGAUGGAGGUCUCUUAGUUUACUCCGAAUAUAGUCUACCUGUUGCCGCCAAGGACCUCCUCGACACAGAUCUCUUCGUGACCCUGUCUGGCAGCAUUGGAUCGUAUACAAUCAAAUCAUCAGUCAAAACCGCAGAGUUAAAAAAUCAAACCGAUCAAAUCAUCCGAACCUUCAAGCUAUCCACUGACAACAUUGUUGGCCAAGUCCAAGGGUUCCAAAUAAGACAAAAUCCUCAUAUUUUGGCCAACACAUCUGGAGGAACCGAUCUUUUCCCCUAUAAUAAUAAUAUUCCAUCAUGGGGACCAGUCGUACCAUCAAAAAAAAUCGUGUCCUAUACCUUUACUCGACCAGUUCUCAUUCUGUGGAUCUGCCCCAAGCAUGGUGAUGUCACAUAUGGCAUCUGUAUCCAAGGUGAGGGCGAUCCUCACCUGGGAUAUAUUCAUAUGUACGUUGGUGCGACACACAAAACGAUUGGUGAUGAUACUAUUGUCUCAUUUUCCAUUGAGCCGAGCCUCAAAACUGAAAGCGAUGGCAGUAUAAUCAAUAUCAGAUCUCAGUUCUACCAAGAUGUUACCAAAUAA